AUGGGGGGCGGAGGAAAGGAAAUCAAAGCUGCCGCAGCUGAAGGGUGUGCGAGCACGCUGGGGAAGAGCCGAGGAGCCGCAGGACAGGAUAGCAGCGGGAAGCCCGGCGGCCUCGAGAAGCCCGGCCUCGGGAAGCUCGGCUGCGGCGGGGACCGCUGCCCGCGGCGGGCCGGGCCGGUCGGCUUCGCGCUGGCCGCGCUCCUCUCGGCGCUGGCCGCGGCCUCCUGCGUCUACCUGGGCGUGCGGACCAGCGACCUCCAGGCCAGGGUCGCGGCCAUCGAAGGCGCCCGAGGGGGCUUCUCUGCCGCCGCCCCGCCGCUGCCCGGCUUUUCCUUGGAGCAGCUGAACGCGAUGAUGCAGGAGAAAGUGGAGCGACUUCUCGCCCAGAAAUCCUACGAGCACUUCGCAAAAAUACGAGUAGCGAGAGAAGCGGCUCCAGAGUGCAACUGCCCACCAGGUCCUCCAGGGAAAAGAGGUAAGCGGGGAAGAAGAGGAGAGACCGGACCUCCUGGUCAGCCUGGUCCUCAAGGCCCUCCUGGUCCAAAAGGCGAGAAGGGAGAUCAAGGUGAUCAGGGCCCUCGGAUGGUGUUUCCUAAAAUCAAUCAUGGGUUUCUCUCUGCUGAUCAGCAGCUCAUUAAACGCCGCCUCAUUAAGGGGGACCAAGGACAAGCUGGACCCCCUGGACCUCCAGGGCCACCAGGACCCAGAGGUCCCCCAGGAGAUACUGGCAAAGAUGGUCCUCGUGGGAUGCCUGGCUUAACGGGUGAGCCAGGAAAACCAGGAGAACAAGGAUUGACAGGACCUCAAGGGCCUCCAGGACAAAAGGGUUCUGUCGGAGUGCCUGGUGUUCCAGGGAGAGAUGGACAAGUGGGUGAACCUGGCUUGCCUGGCAUAGCAGGAGAGAAGGGAGAAGCAGGGCUCAAGGGUGACCCUGGAGAAAGAGGAGAAAAGGGAGAUGCUGGCGAGAAUGGACUGAAGGGCGACACAGGAAAAAAGGGUGACCCUGGCUCUUCUGCGGCUGGAAUUAAGGGUGAACCUGGUGAAGCUGGACGGCCUGGACAAAAGGGUGAACCAGGCCUUCCUGGGCUUCCUGGACUCCCUGGAAUAAAGGGUGAACCAGGUUUCAUUGGUCCACAGGGAGAACCUGGGUUGCCAGGGCUACCAGGAACAAAGGGUGACAGAGGAGAGGCAGGCCCUGUUGGGAAGGGUGAGAGAGGUGAACCUGGAAUCCCUGGACCAAAGGGGAAAACAGGUGAACCUGGAUCUAGAGGCCCUAAAGGGUCAAAGGGUGAUACAGGUGAGAGAGGUGACACAGGGUCUGCAGGUCCACGGGGACCACCUGGACAGAAGGGCGACCAAGGUGCAACAGAGAUAAUUGAUUAUAAUGGCAAUAUCCACGAAGCUCUGCAGAGGAUUGCCACCCUGACUGUCACGGGACCACCAGGACCACCAGGACCCCAAGGACUGCAAGGGUCAAAGGGUGAGCCAGGAUCCCCAGGAACUCCAGGAGUUGAUGGAGAGCAGGGUCCUAAGGGCUCAAAAGGAGACACAGGUGAUCCUGGAAUGCCUGGAGAAAAAGGGGGAAUUGGACUGCCUGGCCUACCAGGAGCCAAUGGUGUGAAAGGCGAAAAAGGAGAUGUUGGUUUGCCUGGUGCCCAAGGUCCUUCAAUGAUAGGACCACCUGGACCACCGGGGCCACAUGGUCCUCCAGGCCCUAUGGGACCUCAUGGACUACCUGGCCCAAAGGGAGCAUCUGGCUUAGACGGAAAGCCAGGAGCCCGGGGUAUAGAUGGCCCAGUUGGUCCCCAUGGCCCUGCAGGUCCCAAAGGAGAGAGAGGUGAGAAGGGAACUGUAGGUGACCCUGGACCCAGAGGACCAUAUGGCUUGCCUGGCAAGGACGGCGAGCCUGGCCUUGAUGGUUUCCCUGGUCCUCGAGGAGAAAAGGGUGAUAUAGGAGAAAAGGGAGAAAAGGGUUUCCGUGGAAUUAAGGGGGAAAAGGGGGAGCCAGGCCAGCCUGGCCUGGAUGGGCUGGAUGCCCCUUGCCAAUUGGGUCCCGAUGGAUUACCAAUGCCUGGCUGUUGGCAAAAGUGAUGAAUCUAACCUUAAAAGCAUGAAGUUGUGUAUAUAGUGCUCCACUUUUUUAUUUAUAGUUGAGAACUGAAAAUUUGAUUUUACAAGUCUGAGAUAUGUUUACAUGUAGCUGCUUCUACUUGUUUGCAAUAGUCCAUACAUACAUUUUUUUUCACCUACAUCUGCAGUGAGAUGAUACAAUAACUGCAGGAUAAACCUGCAGAGAUUGUCUCUCUAAUGGGAGAGACCUCAGAAGAAUGAUCGAUAAUAGAAACUAAUUCUUCUGUAAAUUCUUAUAUUUUGGCUUGUGGAUAUGCAUGGACAAUGAGUGCCAUGAACCAGUUUACAAGAAAAUGUGACCAAAUAAGAGCAAAAUGCUAUGAAAUGUACUGUACCAGCUGCUGUUGGAGUUUACUCACUUGGCUUCCAUGUCCAUCUUAAACACAUCACUGAUUCAUGACCCCCUAUCUGCUCAUAUGAACUAAAAGCAUGAGUUUGU